AUGUUAAGUCGAACUCGUUCACAACUGUGCGACACAGUUGCAAAGUGAUGAUGUUUACGGUGAAUGGGGGGUGAGAAAAACGCAUAAGUCAGAGCAGAAAGAAGAGUGGGAGAAGGUAACAAAACUACAAAUUAAAACUCGUGUCUUAAACACAUUUUAUUCGCGUAUGUUAGCGAAUGUGGAAAAAUAAAAUCGUUGUUUUUAGUCGUACAACGCACAGUUAAGUUAAGUAAAAAUAUAUUAAAUCGCACGAACAACCGCCGAUACCCCUCCCCAAACGCACACAGCAGCAACCACACAACAACAACACCAACAACGACAACAGAAGCAGCAGCAGCAACAACAACAACAAUAGCCAAAAAUUGACGAUGAACAACGGAUUCAGCACCGGCGAGGAGGACUCGCGGGGCGGUCACACAGAUCAAACAUGCUGCCUGAUCGAUGAUAUGGAACGUUGCCGCAACCAGGCUGGCUACGCCAGCUACAGCAAGCGCAUCCAGAAAACGGUCGCACAGAAGCGGCUCAAACUGAGCAGCGAUCCAAGUGCGCAGCACAUUUACAUAUGCGACUAUCACAAAGAGCGCAUUCAAUCGGUGCGAACGAAACGGCGACGCAAGGACAGCGAGGACGACAGCAACGAGACGGACACGGAUCUGCAUGAAUUUCCUGAUCUAUAUCAGCUGCAUGUGUCCACGCUGCGUCGUUAUAAGCGUCACUUCAAGGUGCAGACGCGGCAGGGCAUGAAGCGUGCGCAAUUGGCGGAUACCAUCAUGAAGCAUUUCAAGACAAUACCCAUUAAGGAAAAGGAGAUCAUAACGUUCUUUGUGUACAUGGUCAAAAUGGGCUCCAAUAAAUUGGAUCAGAAGAAUGGCAUUGGCAAUGAUACCACUUGAACGCAACUCUGACGGCUGCCGCGCUAUCGUUAUCGUUAUCGCUAUCGUUAUUGAUGCCGGCUGCUGAAUACUAGCGCUAGCUGUCCUGCUCUCACACACACACAUACACACAGUCACACAAACUAUGCGUACAGUGAAAUCGAAUUAGCCGCAUUUGCAGCCAAACCACAAUUUUCAGUUUUCCCUUCAACUUGAUUUGUUCUUCAUCAAUUUUUGAAUAUUUUUGAGACUCAUGCCGCGGGCUCGGCCCUGUAACAUAGCACGGCUGUAUGCAUUGAGUAGAAUGGUUGUCUUUUAUAGACAACUUGUGCUAAUACGUAAAUUAAAUGUAAUAUAUUUCAAAAUUCGGUUCAUGUAAAUUCUCAAGAUUUCGUUUACGCAUAAUUCGGCUUCACUGUACUACGUCAGCAUAGCGUCAGCGGUGUCCACUUACCAAAUGCCCCCACACAUACACACACACACAGAGAGAGAGAGAGAGAAACACCACGACCAUAUGAAUUGUAGAAGCGGUCGCAGCAAUAACCACAACAAAAACAACAACAACAACAAAAACACAACUGGUGCUCCCAAAAUAGUAUAAACGAAAAUAUUGCAAAGGAAAACAACAAAUAAUUGAAUAGAAAUUGUAGCGUUCAUUGUUAAUAGAUCUUUAUAGAAAAAAAAGAAAUACAAAUUGAACAUAGAUAAUCAUACUAUGUAAAUGAGACAAAUUGAAGACCCAAUUUUGGGGCCAAACGAUAAGCAACUAACAUUUACCUUAGCCUUUCAUUAUAAAAUGCUGUUUUGUCACCUCUUAGCCAAAAGCAAUCAAAUAAAAUUCUAAAUCUGCCAACGUGAAAUGAAUGAAUUAUGAGAACAACAAUCAAUAAAUUCAUCAAAUUCUACGUAAAUUAAAAAUCAAAUAAAUAACAAACUGUUUA